AGCACGUUGCUUAUUCACACUCUCAUCAACUAAUUUGAUGGAUCUUGUUUUAUCACAAUCUUUCUUAUUCAUAUACAGAUAUACUUCAACGUCCAUCUUGAAGCCUAAUUCUGUGUUUCAGUGUUUGUGUUGUCUCUUAUUGGCUCUGCAGAUGUUGCAAGGAUGAGACUUUCAAAACAACUCCCUACAAUUUCUUACAUUUCUCUUUUAGCCCUAUCUUUUUCAUUCUACACCAUAAUCACACCAAUUUCUUCAAUCUCUUUACAAGAUGUCUUCAUCAACUGUCUACACAGAAACACAAAUGUCGAUUUCCCACUCGAGAAAACGUUCUUUUCCCCUGCGAAAAACGUCUCUAUGUUCAACAAAGUCCUUGAUUCCACAGCUCAGAAUCUCCGGUUCUUGACAAAGUCAAUGCCUAAACCGGGAUUCAUAUUCACACCGGUUCAUGAGUCUCACGUCCAAGCUUCCAUCAUCUGUUCCAAGAAACUCCGAAUUCAUCUCCGUUUCAGAAGCGGCGGUCACGACUAUGAAGGUCUGUCUUACGUCUCAGAGAUCAAAAAACCGUUUAUACUGAUGGAUCUGUCAAAGCUGAGACAGAUCAACGUUAAUAUUAUAUACAACAAUGCUUGGGUUCAAGCUGGUGCCACAGUUGGUGAGCUUUAUUACAGGAUUGCGGAGAAGAGCAACGUCCAUGGGUUCCCGGCGGGAUUGUGCUCGAGUUUAGGCAUAGGAGGGCACAUAACAGGCGGUGCAUACGGUUCAAUGAUGAGGAAAUACGGUCUUGGUGGAGAUAACGUGGUAGACGCAAAGAUCGUUGAUGCAAACGGUAAAUUACUCGACAGAGCCACCAUGGGAGAGGAUAUGUUUUGGGCGAUUCGAGGAGGCGGUGGAGCGAGUUUCGGGGUAAUUCUUGCAUGGAAGAUCAAGCUUGUUCCUGUUCCAAAUACCGUAACCGUCUUCACUGUCACUAAAACGUUAGAACAAGACGCCGCAAGGGUACUUUUAAAGUGGCAAGAAGUCGCGGACAAGCUUGUUGAAGAGCUGUUCAUCAGAGUGAUCUUUAACGUAGCUGCAGGAAGCAAUGGAAACAAGACUGUUACGACGUCGUACAAUGCUCUGUUUCUUGGCGACAAACACGCGUUGAUGGAAGUUAUGAAGAAGGAUUUUCAAGAGCUAGGGCUAACACCGAGAGAUUGUGUCGAAAUGAGCUGGCUCGAAUCCAUUGUUUACAUUUCUGGAUUCCCAGGCAACACUCCUACUAGUGUUUUGCUUCAAGGGAAGUCUCCUUUCCCAAAGAUCAACUUCAAAGCCAAAUCUGAUUUCGUGAAGAAGACGAUUCCCGAAUCCGGGCUAACCGGAAUGUUCAAGAAGUUGCUCACGGAGGACUCGCCGGCGAUGAUAUGGAAUCCUUACGGUGGAAUGAUGGCAGAAAUCUCCGAAACCCAAAUCCCUUUUCCUCAUAGAAAAGGAGUCAUCUUCAAGAUCCAGUACCUAACGGCUUGGCCAGACAGCGACAAGAGACCAAACAGGCAUGUCAAAUGGAUCAGGGAGCUGUACAGUUACAUGACGCCUUAUGUCUCAAACAAUCCAAGACAGGCCUACGUUAACUACAGAGAUCUAGACCUCGGGAAGAACAAGAAAAACGCAAAGAAAAGCUUCAAGAAAGCUCAAGUUUGGGGAGCUAAGUACUUCAAAGGAAAUUUCAACAGAUUGGUGAAGAUUAAAUCAAAAUUUGAUCCAGAGAACUUCUUCAGACAUGAGCAGAGCAUCCCAACUCUCCCUGUUCAAAGCUAAGCUAAUGAUAACGAAAAUUAUAUCAAAUAAGAAUAAGAAUUACGAAAACUAGCUUAUUGCAUUAAGAACAUGCAAUAAACUAGAAAAAAAGAAAAUUCAGCUAUUGGUUCUUCUGUAUUUCAGAGAAUGUUCAAACCAAAUCAUGUUUUUUUUUUCAAUUAUUACAGAUGUUUCUUUUUUUUUUAAUGACCAUGCGCAUGCGAUACCAAA